AUGGAUUUAUAUUCGGUUAUUGGUCCAACACCGCAAAUCACGCCGUCCUCGUCAUUGCGAUUGGUCGAACUGGGGCCAGAAGUGCUACAGGCCAUUGAAAACAAGUCCGAGUUGUACCUUAAAUCGGCCGGAUCUGACGAUUAUCCAGUGUUGGUGACUCCGUCCAAGACGUUCAAGAUACGGCAAAAGAGUCACUCCAACUGCGUGCUUUUGAUCCAGAACCAGGGCGAGACCGGAUUCGCGUACUCGCAAUUUAACAACGAGCUCCUUUUGUCCUCCAUAGAGCCCAGUGUCAAUAUCAAGGGAGUGUCUGUUCUAAAACAUCUUUCACAGAAACCAGAGCAAAAGCCAAUCAGUCUUGAGACCAUAUAUGAAAACUCGCCGAUCUCGAAAAACGAGUUCGAACAACUGCGGCCCGAGCUCAACCUCGUGGACUUGGAGGGGUCCUGCUACAUCAUGCACGACGAGCUGGUGUGCGAUUGUCUGAGCACGAUUCUGCGAUCUACGAUCGAGGAGCUUGUUGAUUCAGGCGAUGAGAUGCACAUAAUGACCAGACUCCAGUCGAUCGACGCCGACUGGGUGAUCCAGGCGGUCCAGAAACACCAGGAAGAACAGUUCCCGCGAGAGAUUCGGGAUACGGUGCUCGCAAAAUACACAACCCGGACCGGCAGCAGUCUUAGCUUCCGAAACGAAAAGAUCGUGCGACUGUACGGCGUGCUGCUUUUGAAAAACAGUCCUGCAGACACCAAGCUGGACGACUUCACGCUCAACCUAAGGCUGAACAUGCCAUCGAACUACCAUCCUGAUAUUAAGCUGGAAUACCUGAACGGCAACUACAUCGAGGAGAAUGGGUGUAUUCGGUACUUUGCAGAGACGGACUUGAGCCCAAUUCCGGCAGAACGUAUUUCGGAGCUGUUCAAGCUCAAGAAAGAAUGGAAACUCGGCGAAAUAGAGCCAUUUGUCCAGCGCAUUAAUACCAAGAACCUUAAAACCGAGAAAUUCCUAAUCAAGUUCGCUAAAGUGCGACGCUCGGGGAAAAAUAUUAUAGUUACUGGUAGAUAA